AUGGCCUCUUCUUCAAACGCCAAAUGUCUCGUUAAAGGCUCCAUUAAUAUAGACGAAUUCUUCGCGUUACCCCACAUCGUUCGACCGGGAGAGACGAUCUCUUCUACAUCCUUAACGAAAAGAGCUGGUGGAAAGGGUGCUAAUCAAGCGUAUGCCGUAGCCAAAGCAGGAGGUCAAGUUGAUAUCGAUGGAUGUGUUGGGAUAGACGGUGAAUGGGUUAGGGAUCUUCUGAAACAAGGUGGAGUGGGUGAUGGCAAGUUGAAGACUUUGGAAGAUGAGUUGACAGGCAGAGCUAUAAUCCAAUCUGCUGCAGAUGGUGAAAACUCGAUUGUUCUCCAUGCAGGAGCCAAUUACUAUCUACCUUCACCAAACCCUUCUCCAGAUCUCAAAGGAUAUACACAUCUACUCCUCCAGAACGAAAUCCCACUUUCAUCCACUUUAUCUUACCUCAGGCACGCAGGUGAAAAUGGUUUGAUAUCAGUAUUCAAUCCAUCACCUAUGUUAUCGCAAAAACAACUUCGUGAUUUCCCUUGGACGGAUUUAUCUUGGUUAAUAGUCAAUGAAGGUGAAUUACAAGAUUUGUUAUUAGCUUUCAACGCAUCUUCUUCCUCGUCAAAAAAAGGGACACAAGGCAGUGACGAUAACGAUAUCCAAAAGAUAGCUCAACAUGGUAUAUUGCAAUUACAUGAAAAUGAAUACUUCUCAAAGAAGAUUGGUAUCAUCUGUACUUUAGGUUCUAAAGGUAUAUUGUAUUUCGAUCCUUCGACAUCAAAAGAAAUAGGUCAUCUCCCAGCUGGAAAAUUGAUUACUUCAUUGAAAGACACUACUGGUGCAGGCGAUUGUUUUGCUGGUUAUUUUGUUGCUGGAUUAAUGAGAGGUGAUAAAUUGGAAGAUGUCUUGAAAACUUGUUUGACAGCAUGCGCCAUAUGCGUGGAAAACGAAGGUGCUAUGGGAAGUGUUCCAAGUAGAGAGGCGGUUCUGUCAAGGUAA